GUUGAAAACUCCUUCUCAGGCUAAUUUUUUUUCGUUGCAACGCACGGGCACAUGUGCUAUGUUUAUUAAAAAUAAAUAUAAAAAUGAUGCACAAUGGCACAUAAAGCAGGUUAUGCCCAUUUUUCUGCCCGGUGCAAUGCACGGGCAUUUGUACUAGUCUCUCCCUAGUAAUAAAGCACGGAUUGACUUUGUCGGGUUCACCGUCACAAUACGCUUUCUUCUCAUGUCAUAAUACGCUUUUACGAUCUGUAUAAACAAAAUCGUAAUAUUAACGAGGUGGUACUAUUCUAACUUGCCCGUAAAUUCGUCCGUAACAGUUUUCGUCCGUCCUUCGAAUUGUAAAAAGAAAUAAACCAGCACGGGCUCUCCUCCUCGAUGCCUACAGGCACGGCGGCGCCGCCGCCGCCCCCACGCGCGGCCGCACGGCCGAUCUUCUUCCCCGACCCCGACCCUUUGCAAUUCUGUCUCCUUCCCCUCUCCAUCUGCCCAAAUCUUCUCCUGCGCCACCCUGAGCCUUCUCGGUCUCCAACCUCCUGCAAUCUUCAAGCCCGCCGGCACCAAAAGCAACCAGCGGUCGAUUCGAGUGACCCCCGCUAGGAAUCCAUGGGAUUUGAGGUGGAUUUCCUAGGAGAGCGAGUAGGAAGGGUGAUGGUGGGGUUCAUGGGGAAGAUGAAGAAGCAGAAGGUGAUCCACGGCCCGCACGCGACGCCGAGCCACCACAGGCCUCCUCCCCUGUCGCUCGCCGCCAUGCCGGGACGGCGUACUGGGCCUUGCCGGAAGCCGAGGACAAGCGAGACAAUGGCCAUCCACCCUGGGCCAAGGACAAGCACAGAGCGACCAGCGGCGAUAACUAUGCUCGGGCAGAUGGAUCCCGCCGCGGCGGAGUUCGAGGAGAACAGUAGCUGUGAUGACUCAACAAGAUGGAAGUGCGGACAAGGGAUGAGUGCAAUCGGCUCAGGUAAACUCCUCCUGUACACCGUCUGGCAUCAGUUCCAGUUGCGCCCGAAGCUUUCAAGCUCGCUGCUCCACUUAGUUUGCCGAAACACUGUCGGCAUGUGCUCCAUCCAAGAGAGAGAUCAGAGAGGAGAGCAGCAGCCCGCUGCUGCAAUUUUGUUCAUGCUGCUGCUUGGUUACUACACAUCUAUACAGAGAACACAGAGAAGGCUGCUGCUUGCUGAUUACAAUUGCUUCAUGAUAUGUACAUAUCCUUAUGUAUGCUGCUGCUAUGUACCCUUGAUCAUGGUGACAAGGAAUUGA